CAUCUGGCAAAAUUCAAAAGGUAACUGAACAACAACAAUCAGAUUCCGUUUCAGCGUGAAUGAGCUCACACCAACAAUGGCCGAUUCAAAGAAGCGAUGGACGGUGACCUACACAAAACACAUCAAACAGAAACGCAAAGUCUACCAAGACGGAUUUCUCGUGCUCAACGUCUCCACCACCAAGUUGUCGCUGUAUGAUGAAUGCGAGAAACUGUUGGAGUGUAGGCUCUUGAAGAGCGACGAAACUGUCGCAUCUGGUGAGAGUUUGACGUUCAACGGUCACCUUGUUGAUAUCGGUAGUCUCGAAGGAGAAAACAAGCCUGAAUCUAAAUUGAAUGUUGAUAAAAAGCAAAAGAAUGUUUUCAGAUUCAGAACUCCUGAUGUCAAAGGUAAUGCGAAGGAGACUGUUACGCAGACACAGAAACCUCUCAGUCCGUCACAGAAAAUUAUCAAAGAAUUUAAGAAGAGAGAAAUUCUUAAGUAUCAGUCACCAAAGAUAAAUCAGGAAAUACCAAAACCUAGUUCAACAGAGUUGCAAGUUCUAUACACCAGUCAAAUGACUCAGAAGGCAAAGAAGUACCAUGAUGGUUUUUUACGACUUGAUUUAAGCGGCUCUCGGGGGGCACAGGUUAGGCUGUUUGAUGCAAGCAGGACGCUCUUAGAUAGCAGGUUUCUUAAAAAAGAUGACGUAAUAAAACCCGGCGAAUCAAUUACAUUUGAUACAUAUUUGGUUGACAUUAGUGAGGAUCAAGUAAGUCAUAAACCAGAUUCCAGUGUUCAGGGACACAAUUGCACUAAUAUAAAGAGAAUAGAGAAGAUAGACAGACAGAAAACUUCUCUUGACACUGAUAGCCAAGUUACCGUUGGAAAACGUGAAUGGAAGGUCCUAUACACAACACAAUUAACUCAAAAAGCAAAGAAGUAUCAUGACGGCUUUUUACAACUAGAAUGUUGUGGAUCCCAUGGGCGGCAGGUCAUACUUUAUGAUUUGAGCAAAAGACCUUUAGAACGCAGGUUUCUAAAGAAAGAUGAAGUUAUAGAAGCGGGUUCAAUGGUAUAUUUUGCUGGACAUUUAGUUGAUGUUGGAGAACCUGAGGGAAGUCAUCAAUCUUCAGUGAAGUUGAGUGAACGAGGGACUGGUAGUGAAAAUGUUGUUGAGAAGAGACAUCAAAGACAUGGGCAAAAGGCCUCUCGCGAGCUUCAUCCAUCUACUGCUAGAGGACAACCUUCGAGCAAGCCUUGUCUUCGGCAAGGUGCAAGCUUGAACUCUCAACCUUCCGAGAUAGAAGAGAUCAAACCAAACAAGAAAGUCCCAGUAGUCAAGCCUUUACAUGAUGGACAGCCUCCGAGCCGGGUUUGUCUUCCGCAAGAUACAGGCUUGAACUCUCAACCUGCGAUAAAAUCAAACAAGGCAGUUCCGGUAGUCAAGCCUUUACGUGACGUCAAUCAGAUAUUGUCCUUUUUACAAGGCCCUAAGACUAAGCCUCAUGAAUGUUACAUCACAGGUGGCCGAUCUCCCAAUAAGUCAUAUCAAAAUAUUUUGGAUAGUGAAUCAAUGGAGACUAAGAAAUAUCCUGAUAUUACACCUACCAAAGCAACUUCUGGUGGUGGCAGUUUCCAGUGUACGGAGAAUGUCAAAGUGCCCCACCAGUCCAUCUCACACAAGGAAGCUCAGCAAAGUAUCAAUGAGGCAGAUUUUGACUUAUUAAUAUCAAGUCCGGAUGUUCAUUCUUCUUGCCCCAUUUCCAAUGAAGGAGAGAGUGCGGAGGAUUUUUCGCGUGAAAGUGAAGCAUUCCCAAGCUUUGACCUUGGAUUUUGACGUUUAAUGCAUCUUAUGAGUCAGUGACUAGAGUGUCUGAUACAUUGGUUCAGCUAUUUUUCAACAUUAGAAAUGAAAAAGGAAAAGCUAAAGCUUCAACGUUAAUGUAAAUUACUUAUACAAGGUUAUUAUCUGAAUUAAAAUUAAUCCACACAAGGUUAUAUAAUUCAAAUAUUGAACUUUUUAAAUAGAAUUGUGACAUGGAACCAAUACUUCCCUAUAGCCGUUGCAGGGUAGUCGAUUGCAGAGACAUUAGAUUUGAAUAAGGUCCUACAUCCAUUGGCAUUGCUUUGUGCAGUGUGGCCUUGGGAGAUUCAAACACAAAAAGUAGUUUAUUAUUAUUAUUAUUUAUUUUAUCUUAAUUUAUUUAACUAUUCUAUUAAUUAUUAUUAAUACAAAUAUGUUAAUAAAAUGGAUUGAGAUAGAUGUUUUGCCCCCUCAUGAAUUUGAGUUGCCAAAGGUAUAAUCUUAUCGGCUAUUUGUAGAUAACUAGAACAAAAAAAAUAAAAUGGGAUGACCAAAGAAUGAGGAAGACAAUGUGUUCAUAGUCACAAAAUUCUUCAUGUUCUUCAUGUUGAUCCUUAAUAUAAUUGCUAACGCUUGCACGUGAAAAAGUAAAAUUGGGUUUGAUUUUGCUUUUCAGAGGGGCCCAAGGUAUCCCCAAUUGGUUAAAGAUCGGUGGUAACAACCAUGUUGAAGAGGGUAGGGGUUAUCAUUCAACAACGAAGGUGAAAUGUGUUAGUCGAGCCUUAUUAAAAGAAAAGGGCUGAAAUGAGCAUGUUGGGGUUGUAUUUAUGACUAGUUCUGGACAGUUGAA